UUAUUUGAAUAAUGACGAAUGAAAUUUUAGAAUUUUUAAUUUACGUUAAGUAUUGAAAAGAAACUAAAAACUGAAACAUGCCUUCUCAACUUCUUGGAAAAUGGAAACUCGGCAAAAGUGACAACUUCGAUAAUUAUAUGAAGCAAGUUGGAGUGAACAUCGCUUUGAGGAAGAUGGCUCUUAUUGUGUCAUCAACAUCCGAAAUCACCGAAGAAGGCGAAAAUCAAAUAAGAAUAAAUACUCAAAGCACAUUUAGAAGUUCCAAUGUUUUGUUCCCGCUCGGCAAGGAAAUUGAUGAACAUACCAUGGAUGAUAGGGACGUAAAGACCACCGUAGUAUGGGAUGGUGAUGACAAAUUACUAGAAAUUCAACGAUGGGAAGAAGGAAAAGAUAAAAAGAAAAGAGAGACAAAGAUUGAAUGGAUUUUAACUGGCGAUGGAAAAAUGAUUUUGAGGUUGGAAUGCGAAGGUGUUGUGUGCGAAAGACAUCAUGAGAGAUGUACAUGAAGAGUAUAUAAUAUAAUAAAUACGUAAAACCUGCAGAAUUAUGUCAAUACAAUUAAAUAUAUUUCAUAUUUAUGUGCAAUUUUUGAACAGUUGAUACAAUAAUUUUACCAUAGUUAAAUUUUGUUCAUUUAUUGUUAAAAUAAUGUUACUUGCUGUAUCAUUUUAAUUAAGUUGAAAUAAAUAAAAAUAG